AUAGAACCAAAAAUAUUUUUCAACAGACAAGUGUCCCGCUGUUGUGGACAACUGACACAUCUACUGUACUUUCAAGGUGUUGAUGUUUUAUAAUUUCAUUGUCACUAACUGAAACGGUAUAACCUAGGUUCGUGGAGUUAAGAGGGGGAGAAUAAAGAACCAACCAUGAUAACGUCUGCCGCUGGAAUCAUCUCACUGCUGGAUGAGGAGGAGCCCCAACUCAAGGAGUUUGCUCUGCACAAGCUGAACUCCAUUGUCAAUGACUUCUGGGCUGAGAUAUCGGGAUCUGUUGACAAAAUCGAGGUCCUGUAUGAAGAUGAGACAUUUCGGAGCAGGGCGUUUGCUGCCUUGGUGGCUUCCAAAGUGUUCUACCACCUCGGGGCAUUUGAUGAGUCUUUGAACUACGCUCUGGGUGCAGGAGACCUUUUCAAUGUCACAGACGACACUGAAUAUGUGGAGACCAUUAUCGCCAAAUGCAUUGAUCACUACACCAAGCAGCGGGUGGAGAACGCCGAGCUUCCUGAGGACGAGGAGAAGAAGAGCAUCGACCCCCGGCUGGAGGGCAUCGUCAACAAGAUGUUCCUGCGUUGCCUGGGCGACCAUAAGUACAAGCAGGCCAUCGGCAUUGCCUUGGAGACUCGACGCCUGGACAUCUUCGAGAAGACUAUCCUUGAAUCGAAUGACGUUAGUGGCCUACUGGCCUACAGCCUGAAGGUCUGCAUGUCACUAAUGCAGAACAAGAAGUUCCGCAACGAGGUCCUCCGAGUGCUGGUCAAGCUCUACAUGAAUCUGGAGAAGCCUGACUUCAUCAAUGUUUGCCAGUGCCUGAUCUUCCUGGAUGACCCACAGGCGGUGAGCGACAUCCUGGAGAAGCUGGUGAAGGAAGACAACCUGCUGAUGGCCUACCAAAUCUGCUUCGACCUGUACGAGAGUGCCAGCCAGCAGUUCCUCUCCUCCGUCAUCCAGAACCUGCGCACCGUGGGCACGCCCAUCCCCGCCGUGCCUGGCUCCACCAACACAGGCACUGUGCCCAUCCCAGACAAAGACAGUGAUGCUAUGGAGACGGACGACAAGGCCAGCAGCUCCCCUGCAGGAAAAGCUGCAGACAGUAAGGACGAGCCUAAGGACCAGAACGCGAAGAUGAUCAAAAUUCUCAGUGGAGAAAUGGCCAUCGAAUUUCAUCUGCAGUUCCUCAUCCGGAACAACAACACAGACUUAAUGAUUCUCAAGAACACAAAGGAUGCAGUCCGAAAUUCGGUGUGUCACACAGCCACGGUCAUAGCCAACUCCUUCAUGCAUACGGGGACCACAAGUGACCAGUUCCUCAGAGAGAACUUGGAGUGGCUUGCAAGAGCCACCAACUGGGCCAAGUUCACAGCCACAGCCAGUCUUGGCGUCAUUCACAAGGGUCACGAGAAAGAGGCACUGCAGUUGAUGGCCACUUAUCUGCCCAAAGACACCUCACCCGGAUCAGCCUACCAGGAGGGAGGCGGCCUGUAUGCCCUCGGGCUAAUCCACGCCAACCACGGGGGGGACAUCAUCGACUACCUGCUCAGUCAGCUCAAGAACGCCAGCAAUGACAUUGUCCGUCACGGGGGAGGUCUGGGCCUGGGAUUGGCUGCUUUGGGUACAGCCAGGCAGGAUGUGUACGAUCUGCUCAAGUCUAACCUGUACCAGGACGAUGCAGUCACAGGCGAGGCAGCAGGACUGGCCCUGGGGCUCGUCAUGCUGGGCUCCAAGUCUGCCCAGGCCAUCGAGGACAUGGUGGGCUACGCCCAGGAGACUCAGCACGAGAAGAUCCUGCGCGGCCUGGCCGUGGGCAUCGCCAUGGUGAUGUACGGACGCAUGGAGGAGGCAGACACGCUCAUCGAGAGCCUCUGCAGGGACAAGGACCCCAUCCUGCGCCGCUCCGGAAUGUACACAGUGGGCAUGGCCUACUGUGGCUCCGGGAACAACAAGGCCAUCAGACGCCUGCUGCAUGUGGCUGUAAGCGAUGUGAACGAUGAUGUCAGAAGGGCAGCGGUGGAGUCCAUUGGAUUCAUCAUGUUCAGGACCCCAGAGCAAUGCCCCAGUGUGGUGUCUCUCCUGUCAGAGAGCUACAACCCCCAUGUGCGCUGCGGAGCCGCCAUGGCCUUGGGCAUCUGCUGUGCCGGGACAGGCAACAAGGAGGCCAUCAACCUGCUGGAACCUAUGACCAAUGACCCAGUGAACUACGUGAGACAGGGUGCCCUCAUCUCCUCUGCCCUCAUCAUGAUCCAGCAGACCGAGGUCACCUGUCCCAAGCGUAACGUCACCAUCUCCCUGCAGUCGAGGACGGGCCACACCCACAUGCCAUCAGUGGUGGGCCUGCUGGUGUUCACCCAGUUCUGGUUCUGGUUCCCCCUCUCCCACUUCCUCUCCCUGGCCUUCACCCCCACCGCCAUCAUCGGACUCAACAAGGACCUCAAGAUGCCCAAGGUGCAGUACCGCUCCAACUGCAAGCCUUCCACCUUCGCCUACCCUCCGGCCCUGGAGGUACCCAAGGAGAAAGAGAAGGAGAAGGUGUCUACUGCUGUUCUCUCCAUCACAGCCAAAGCUAAGAAGAAGGAGAAAGAGAAGGAGAAGAAGGAGAAAGAGGAGGAGAAGAUGGAAGUAGAGGUACAGGAGGCUGAGAAGGAAAAGAAAGAUGAGGAGAAAGAGAAGGAGAAGGAGAAAGAGAAGGAGAAAGAGAAGAAGAAAGAACCCGAGCCCAACUUCCAGCUGAUGGAGAACCCAGCCAGAGUGAUGCCCGCCCAGCUCAAAGUGCUCAACAUGCCCGAGACGUGCCGCUACCAGCCCUUCAAACCGCUGCACACCGGCGGCAUUAUCAUCAUGAAGGACACCAGCGAGGAAGAGGAGGAGCUGGUGGAGCCUGUCUCUGCCCACGGCCCCAAGAUCGAGGAGGAGGAACAGGAGCCCGAGGCCCCCGAGUCCUUCGAGUACGUUGACGAAUGAACGCUGUCCAAGCAAAAAGGUGACGUUACCAGGCUUCUACAGGAAGAAUCUUCACAUCCCAGCAUGCACCUCUUUGUCUACUCCCCCUUACUUAUUUUACAUGCUCCUUCCCUGUCAUGGCCUCCUUUGUCAGACAGGGAAUGUUUGACAUUCUCUUGUUAAAUGGUAUCAUUUUCUGUCAGUACAAUAAAAUGAAAAAGUGGAGCUUA